GUGGCGGCGUUCCAGGCCGUCAACGCGGCCGACGUUCGCGGGCGGACCCUCCACAACGCCUGCGGCCUUGGCGUCGACGCGGCCGCGCUGGACCGCGCCGUGAGCCAGGAGGCGGCAAAGAGAAUGAGCUACUGGAGAUGGCUCGUCGUCGACGAGGUCAGCAUGGUCAACGCGCGGCUGCUGGCGCAGGUCGAGCAGCGGCUGCGGGCGGUGGUCCCGUCGGCCAGCCAGUGGAAGCGCGGCGUGGCCGGGGAGUCGCGGCCUUUUGCGGGCGUCAACGUGCUGCUGCUUGGCGACUUCUACCAGCUGCCGCCGCCGAGCGGCGGCUACCUUGCGGACGUGCCCAGCAGCCGGCGCCCGCCGCGGCUGAGCGCGGCCGCCGAUGCCGAGCCGGACCUGUUGGCGGACUACGGCAGAAACUUGGUGUGGGGCGGCGCCUUGCAAGGCGUGACGGAGCUGGAGGAGCGCGAGCGCUGCAAGGACGACUGGUGGAACGAGGUCGUGGACGAGCUGCGGCGCGGCGAGCUGUCGGAGGAGAACUGGCGCUACCUCCACGGCAAGCCCGUCGCAGGUUGCCGGCUGACCGCGGCAGAGCGCGAGUCCCGGCGCCGGGUCAUUGCGGGGCCGGGCGACCCGCGCUUGGGAGAAGAGAAGUUCCGGUGGGCGGCGGCCAUUGUUGCCAACAACGACGCCAAAUACCAGAUCAACAAGGACCGCGCCGAGGACUACAGCCGCGCGGCCGAGUCGCCGCUCCGCUGGUCUGUGGCCCUGGACGCGCCGUCCGCCGAGGUUCUGCAGACGCAGGAGUGCGACAAGGCCGCGCGGGUCCGGUGGCUCCAGUAUCACGACCGGGACACCGAGAACCUCUCCGGCAUGCUGCCGCUAGCCGUCGGGAUGCGCGUGGUCUUGGCCGACCACCUCGAUCGCGCCGAGGACAAGCUCCUCCUCCGAGGCAGCGCCGGCCGCAUCCACUCCUGGGUCUGGAAGGAGAACGACCUGCGGCCGACUUGCGUCUAUGUGAAGUUUGACGGGGCAACCUGGCAGCUCGACGGGGCGCCGGAGCCCGGCCUCUACCCGGUCUACCCCGCCCGCAAGGUCUGGAAGCUGGACGCCAAGCACAAGAAGCCGGUCCUCAAGAUCGCGCGGACGCAGCUGCCGCUGGCCCCGGCCUACGCGAUCACGGCCCACGGCAGCCAGGGCAAGACGCUGCCUGCGGCGCUAGUGGGCUUCAACGUCGACAAGCGGACUGACGUGACCUUCGGGACCGUGGCUGCGAGCAGGGUCCGCUCCAGGGAGGACGUCUUGAUCUUGAGGCCGUUCGAGCGCUGGCUCUACACGCGUGGCGCGCCGGAGGGCCCGGCGCUCCUGCUGCAGCAACUGCGAGCUCCGCGGCGUGCGAGAAAUGCAAAGAGGCCAAGACGCUGGACUCGUCCGGGCCAACCGCUCGGCCAUUUGCCUUGCCUGCGGCCCCGGCAAGGGCGAGCAGAAGACGCUGAAGCGGAAGCUGCCCUCCGGCCUGGCGCGCUUGGACUGCCGCGGGUGUAA